UAUAAAAAUGAAUUCCCUAUAAUACAUAAGAUACCUUGCAUAUUAUUUAUUGCAAUGCACUUAUUUUUGCUUAUUACUUAAUUGUCGUGCAUAUACUAUCCAUACUUGUAUAGUUGCGGUAAGUUUUUAUACUCGAUUUUUUUAAAGUUGACCGAUUUCCAUCGGCUGUUCCCAUAUUUCGGGAGCAGAUGCUGCAGGUAACUUUACAUGAAGUUAUUAAGAAGCUAUAGUUUUGUCUGUGUGAUGUUAGUAUAUAUGUAGUUUAUAUUACGGGUAUGUAAAAACGAUAAUUAUGUAUUAAAGAAAGAUGUAAUACGUAAAAUUAUAUUUUAAUGAUUUAAGUUUUCUUUGUUUUUAUUGAAAAUUCUGUUUUGUCUUAUUUGUUUUUCGCAAUAAUCACGGUACGAUAGACUUCCGCUUAGCAUUAUUUACUAUAUUUUAUAAUAAACCUACAUUAGAAAAGAACGAUCCGUUACAAACCUACUCAUCAAUCAUACCUUCAACAACCUUAAACAAACAUAUUUGCUCGACCAUUGGCUCUUUGGAGGACUUGGACAAAGCAAAGACAACCUUCUCUUGGGUUACCCGAAUAGCAAUGUUUUUAGAUUCACAAUCGAUAAGGGCACCCAAAGUCUUCAGAGCAUCUCUCACUCUUAAUCAAAUAAAACCAAAAAAAUAGCACAAAACCAUCUUAAGCCAUCCUAAGGAUCACUGGAAGUACAAAAGGCCUUCUAGCCUUCACUUUUUUAGCCCACGUGUCUUGAAUGAUGGCAAUUACUUGCCCAGGAAAAUUGACCACUUUGCUCUCAAGUUUCUUUUUGUUCCGCAAGAGAGUCUUUAAAUAUUUGGCAUAUUGAGGCAUUUGUUCCAUGGCCUUCAAGAAUGGUAUUUUUAUUUCUAGCUUCUUCAUAUUCUUAAGGAACUUCAUAAAAUUCUCUUAUAGUUAUUUUUCCACCGCUUUGUAAGCGAAGGGUAGUGGUGAGGUAUGUUGAAGCUUGAGUUUCCAUGUUAUUGUUCUCUUCAACCUCUUUUCUUCAUCUAACUUCUUCUUUUCUCUUCCUUCUUCUAUUUUAUCCUCCUUCUCACCAACUUCUUCAUUGUUCUUCUCAUUCUCAUCAUUAACCUCUUCUCUUCUCCCCCCAAGAUCCUCUACCAGCUCGUAUCCUUUAAAGAUCCUUCCCCCAAAUCACACUUAGGAGCCACAACAAGAGUAAAUUAUGAAGUUUCCGAUCUUAGGAAGAUAUUUUAAGAAAGAAAUGUGUUCUGUAUGAAGAUACAUUAGGAUACAACAACUAAAGUCAACACAUACAAAGCUUCAUACUUGUUUUAAGAAAAUUCAUUUUGAUAUGUAUUUUGUUUUAGUCUUCUUAAGUUAGUUUUUGCAUUUUUUCUUUGAGUUAGGUAAAUUAUGACAUGAAAACUUUAAACAGUAUAGCAUUAAGCUUGAGAGUUAAGUGAUAAAAGUGUGUGCCUCGUUUAUACUUUACAAAUUAUUAUGAGGUAUAUAAUAAUAAGAGUGCAACUGUUUUAAGAGUUACUCUUUUUAAUUAGUUACUCGGUGAUUUUGUAGGUAAUAAUGGAUAUAUGCUGCUAUGUGCUUGUGAUUGAAUUGUUUUUUUUAUCUUCAGUUUUCACCAUAAUUGUUAUCCAACAGUCAUGACAGUACUCCUAUAGUCCUAUAUAAUAAUAAUAAUAAUAAUAAUAAUAAUAAUAAUAAUAAUGGGGAAGUGAACAGAAGAGAAGAGGUGUGGCUCACUGCUGACAUCAAAUUUCCAAAGGAUUGUUUGGUGCCAAACUUAACAAGCGGAGACUCGACAAUAAAAUUAGCCGCAACCGGCAUAGUUUCAAUCUUUGGGAUCACAACAGAAAUCACUAAAUUUAAUGUACAUGUUAUUAAACUAGAACUAAAUUUAUUGGUGUCAAUGUGUAACACCCUAGAAUUUUCAACCCCUUAACGAAACUAAAACCGUAAAGGACGGGAAGAAAUUCGGGUGUUACAUAAAAGAAAAGGAAAAGAAUUUAGAUAAACAUUAAAUAUUAACUUUAAAAAGGUGAGUGGAAAUUUUGGCAGCAUCUGCCUUAAAACUCUGCGCCUUUGUAGAAAAACAAAAGUUAAUUUAGAAACUAAUAAAGUAAAGGCACCAACGGCCUAUCAAAGCUAUGUCACGGCGAAAUGAUUCGUUGUCGACUUCUCAAAUCAACAUGCCAAGCAUGGAUCGAGGUUCCAGUGUCGACGUUUGCGUUUUAAAAAGACUUAACUCCUUAAAACCAUACAGAGUUAUAAAUUACGCAGCGAAAAUACAAAUAUACGAGGGAGGACACAAGGCCUCAUAACAAAACAUAUACAACCAAGGUUUACAAAAGAUAACAAGAGCUACAAAAUCGAAAGAUAGCGGUAUGACACAGGUUAUGCUUCGCCCUCAUUACUCUCCCCCAAUGCAAUGCAAUGCAAAAGAAGCUCCAAUACCUGCUACGCCUGUCUACGAUCCUUCUGCUGCUCGACAUUAGACCAAAGGUCAAUGUGUCAUAGCAGGACAAUCAUAGAAAGUCAUCAACAAUCAAACAUAAACACAAACACGUACACGUCAGUAACUAGCAUCAAAUAUAAUAAGGCCAGCUACUAGAUUGCAUUAUAUCAUAAAACACAUAAGAUGAUUUCAUAAAACGCAAGCACAGAUAGUAAUAGUUUAUCGGCCACUUAUACUUCUUAAUUUCAUUACGUGCUUUCCAACCCGAACCAUGUGUUCUUGGGUAGAAUGCAGGUCUUCACGCUCCUUUUUUCAAACAUAAACUCUUGCAAAACACGUAUAGUUCAACUCGACCAAGGCAUUAACAUAAUACCUAACACAUGACCUUAUAGAGCUUGUCUAUCUUAAGGUAAGUGUGAUCAUAGUCUGUAAUACCCUUGAGGUAACUUAACUUAGGCACCUUUCUCACUAGCAUAAACUAUUCUAUCAAUAAGUAGAUGUUCUAUCAAUGAGUAAAUAUUCUAUCAAAGAGUAAACGUUCUAUCAACGCGUAAGCUUUCUACCAAAGAAUGAACCUUCUAUCAUUAAAUAACUUUCGAUCAAUGAAUAAACUUUCUAUCACUGAAUAGUUUUCUAUCAGUGGAUCUUUUCUCUACUUCCUGGCAUAGUGACACGGCCAAGGGCGUUAUCGGCCACCCGGCGCCCAUGGCAAAGUAUGAGCUCAUGCCCCCUCCAGCUGACCCUCUCUGGUCCUACCUUCGGGAAAAACUAACACAUUGGGGUACUAAACCAGUGAAGAGGCCACCAUAUUGGGGUUUGCAAGGGCUGCAUGGUAACAGUCCACUGGAACGAACUGGUUGUUCACAUUGCCCCAGCCCAGGGGCCCUACUAUUACGCGCUUGAUACCCAGCUAUGGGGGGCACAUAGUUAAAGUUAUUUUUGACGGCUCUGAGUGUACACAUCUAGUUCUAGAGUGUCGAAGUAAAAAGAAGCCGCUGGAGGCGAUCAUCGGACUACAGGAUAUGUCUAAUGUGCUUUACGAUGUUCUACCUGCCACUUCCCUUAGCCGGCUACCAUACAUUAUGCACCAGCACAUUGACUGUGCUUUGAUAUCGGCCUUCGUGGAGAGGUGGCAGCCGGAUACGAACACCUUCCACAUGCCCUAGGGGGAGAUGACGAUUAUGUUGCACGACGUGCAACGCAUAUUGGGCAUAGUUAUUGAAGGUUCACUACCGGAGGAACCUGCUGAGGGGGAGUGGAAGCUCGCUAUUCUUGGUCUGUUUGGGGUGCCCAUGUCCGAGCUGCGACGGAAAGGGAUAUUCACCAGCAGUUGCAUCAACGUUGGUGAAGUUAUGCACUUGUGCCAUUGGUCCCAAGCUAUGGAGACCUAGUUGACAACCAAUUACAUGGCUAUUAUCGGCUCUACACUGCUGGCGGAUAAGACCAGAACCGGCAUGCGACCUCAGAUCGCUUGGGGUGCGGUGACGCUGGCGUACAUGUAUCGGCAACUGGGAAUUGCGUCUAGGGCUGGUUGCAAGACCAUUUUUGGUUGCCUCACAUUGCUUCAGACAUGGAUUUACGAGUACUUUCUAGCCUUCCGCCCCCAUCCUCGUCAAGUAGAUGUGCCUAAUAAGACUAGGGCAGAGAUGUGGUCCACGCCCAAGCCAGGUCGUGAGAUCAACAGGCUGAGGGACUACAGGAGUAUAUUGGACUCCCUGACGGAAACUCAGGUGGAAUGGACUUCGUACAUGACUUCUCCAAGGGCGUUCCUAAAUGAGCACCCACGCACCGCCUACAUCGGGGGUAUCACUUGCUUUGAUAUCGUCGAGGUGUAUUUGCCGGAGAGGACAGUGCGAUAGCUGGGCUUUAUGCAGGCUAUUCCCCCCCUCCCUCUCCUAUGAGACCCACUCACGCUCUACGAUCGGCUCACAGUACCUAUUCCGUGACCUUUGCUUCUCUGCCUAUUUACACGGAGGCAUGGAGUAGGUUCCCCUUUUGUGGCUGCAUUGGUGAUCAGGCACUUCGUCGGGCAUCUAUUCCAUCAGAGGCUGAUCAUAGUUACGUUGACUGGUUCAGAGUGUCUUCCCACCCAUAUGUCCUCCGGCGAAGGACUGAUUGCCGGUUUUGGUCUAGCUGAAAGCAGAGUGGAAUACUUUAGUUUUUCAAUUUAUUUGUUUUCUAUUAUGUUUUUGUGUUAUUUAGAUGUUGUUUAAUAUUUUGUUCACACCCUAUUUUUGCUUUUUUUUUUUUCGUUUCUAAAUGAAUGGCCGAGUCGAGUCGCUUCAUUGCUGAGAUUGCCUCCUGUUGCAGAAAUGAGCCCCCAGGAAAGAUAGGCUGUUGAUCUAUACGUUGAUGAUGUUAGAGAUUUAUUUGCCGAAUGACAAACAUUUAAGGGGCAUGGCCCUUCAUAGACUGUUUGAUUUUGUAAUUUAAAACUAAUUUACAUCAAUGCUUUUAUUUAUUUAAUUUAAUGCUUUUUACAUUAUAAUUAAAUUAAUUUACAUCAAUGUUUUUAUUAAUUUACAUCAAUUCUAUACAUAUUGAAUUCUAUCCACAUAUUGAAUCCCAUCUACUUAUAAAGUUAAACUAAAUAUUGAUGUACACAAUAGUAACACUAUGGACUAUCUACAAAUUGAAUUCUAUCUACAUGUGUAAUUAAACUAAAUAAUGAUGUACACAAUAGUUACACUAUGAUCUAUCUAAAUUUACAACAUCUUUAGCGGUGUUAUUACCUUGUGGUGGUCGUGGCCCGUAUAGUCUAUUCAAAGCAAAAUCCUGCUACGAAAAUGUGUUUCUAUAUGCCUAGAAGAAUUGUCAACUGCUUCUCUCCAUGAUUGCCGGAUUGGCGGCAGUGGAGAUGAAUCAUCGUUCAUUAAUAGUUGAACAAAUGAUUUCUAUUCACCCAAAAUAUAUAUAUAUAUAUAACUUUUUACACUAUGCACACCCGCUGCUUUCCUUAACGGAAGAAUUAAACAUUUAUAGU